CGGGGCCCGGCGGGGGGGGGCCGAGCUGGGCGCCCUCCCCCGGCGCUGAGCCCCCGCGCCCCGGAGGGAUGGGGCGGGGGGCCGCGGCCGCCUAAGAUGCCGGCCAUGAGGGGGCUCCUGGCACCACAGAACACCUUUCUGGAUACCAUCGCCACGCGCUUCGACGGCACGCACAGUAACUUCGUGCUGGGCAAUGCCCAGGUGGCAGGGGUCUUCCCCGUGGUCUACUGCUCGGAUGGCUUCUGUGACCUCACCGGUUUCUCCCGGGCUGAGGUCAUGCAGCGGGGCUGUGCCUGCUCCUUCCUCUAUGGGCCAGACACCAGUGAGCUCGUCCGCCAGCAGAUCCGCAAGGCCCUGGACGAGCAUAAGGAGUUCAAGGCUGAGCUGAUCCUAUAUCGGAAGAGCGGGCUCCCAUUCUGGUGUCUCCUGGAUGUGAUACCCAUAAAGAAUGAGAAAGGAGAAGUGGCCCUCUUCUUGGUCUCUCACAAGGACAUCAGUGACACCAAGAACCGAGGGGGCCCUGAUAGCUGGAAGGAGACAGGUGGUGGCCGGCGCCGAUAUGGACGAGCAGGAGCCAAAGGCUUCAAUGCCAAUCGGCGGCGGAGCCGAGCCGUACUCUACCACCUGUCUGGACACCUGCAGAAGCAGCCCAAGGGCAAGCACAAGCUUAAUAAGGGGGUGUUUGGGGAGAAGCCAAAUCUGCCAGAGUACAAAGUAGCCGCCAUCCGGAAGUCACCAUUCAUCCUGCUGCACUGCGGGGCACUGCGGGCCACCUGGGACGGCUUCAUCCUGCUAGCCACACUGUAUGUGGCCGUCACUGUGCCCUACAGCGUGUGUGUGAGCACAGCCCGAGAGCCUAGCGCUGCCCGCGGCCCCCCCAGCAUCUGUGACCUGGCCGUGGAGGUCCUGUUCAUCCUUGACAUCGUGCUGAAUUUCCGUACCACAUUUGUGUCCAAGUCGGGGCAGGUGGUGUUUGCCCCAAAGUCUAUUUGCCUCCACUACGUCACCACCUGGUUCCUGCUGGACGUCAUUGCAGCACUGCCCUUCGAUCUGCUACAUGCCUUCAAGGUCAACGUGUACUUCGGGGCCCACCUGCUGAAGACGGUGCGGCUGCUGCGGCUGUUGCGCCUGCUUCCACGGCUGGACCGGUACUCGCAGUACAGCGCCGUGGUGCUGACCCUGCUUAUGGCUGUGUUCGCCCUGCUCGCCCACUGGGUGGCCUGCGUCUGGUUCUACAUUGGCCAGCGGGAGAUCGAGAGCAGUGAAUCUGAGCUGCCUGAGAUUGGCUGGCUUCAGGAGCUUGCCCGCCGCCUGGAGACCCCCUACUACCUGGUGGGCCAGAGCCCGGAUGUAGGAAACGGCUCUGUCCAGAGUGACAACUGCAGCAAUGGCAGCAACGAGGCCAACAGGACAGUGCUGGAGCUCCUGGGUGGCCCGUCCCUGCGCAGCGCCUAUAUCACCUCCCUAUACUUCGCACUCAGCAGCCUCACCAGCGUGGGCUUCGGCAAUGUGUCCGCCAACACGGACACAGAGAAGAUCUUCUCCAUCUGUACCAUGCUCAUAGGUGCCCUGAUGCACGCGGUGGUGUUUGGGAACGUGACGGCCAUCAUCCAGCGCAUGUACGCCCGCCGCUUUCUGUACCACAGCCGCACCCGUGACCUGCGUGACUACAUCCGCAUCCAUCGCAUCCCCAAGCCCCUCAAGCAGCGCAUGCUGGAGUACUUCCAGGCCACCUGGGCCGUGAACAAUGGCAUCGACACCACCGAGCUGCUGCAGAGCCUCCCAGACGAGCUCCGUGCAGACAUCGCCAUGCACCUGCACAAGGAGGUCCUGCAGCUGCCCCUGUUUGAGGCGGCCAGCCGUGGCUGCCUGAGGGCACUGUCCCUGGCCCUGCGGCCUGCCUUCUGCACACCCGGUGAAUACCUCAUCCACCAAGGCGACGCUCUCCAGGCCCUCUACUUUGUCUGCUCUGGCUCCAUGGAAGUGCUCAAGGGUGGCACCGUGCUCGCCAUCCUAGGGAAGGGUGAUCUGAUUGGCUGUGAGCUGCCCCGGCGGGAGCAGGUAGUUAAGGCCAAUGCAGACGUGAAAGGGCUGACGUACUGCGUCCUGCAGUGUCUGCAGCUGGCAGGGCUGCAUGAGAGCCUCGCGCUAUACCCCGAAUUUGCCCCGCGCUUCAGCCGUGGCCUCCGAGGGGAACUCAGCUACAACCUGGGUGCUGGAGGAGGCCCUGCGGAGGCAGACACCAGCUCCCUAAGUGGUGACAACACCCUCAUGUCCACACUGGAGGAGAAGGAGACGGAUGGGGAGCAGGGCCCGGGGGCCUCCCCAGCCACGGCUGAUGAGCCCUCCAGCCCCCUGCUGUCCCCUGGCUGUACUUCCUCAUCCUCUGCUGCCAAGCUGCUAUCCCCACGGCGGCGAGCCGCACCCCGGCCCCGUCUAGGUGGUAAAGGGCGGCCGGGCAGGGCAGCGGCAUCACAGGCUGAGGCUGGCCCCUCUGCUCACCCACGGAGCCUAGAGGGGCUGCGACUGCCCCCCAUGCCAUGGAAUGUGCCCCCGGAUCUGAGCCCCAGGGUAGUAGAUGGCAUUGAGGAUGGCUGUGGCUCCGACCAGCCCAAGUUCUCCUUCCGCGUGGGGCAUUCUGGCCCGGAAUGUAGCAGCAGCCCCUCUCCUGGACCAGAGAAUGGUCUACUCACUGUUCCCCUUGGGCCCAGCGAGACGAAGAAUGCAGACACACUGGACAAGCUUCGGCAGGCGGUGGUAGAGCUGUCUGAACAGGUGUUGCAGAUGCGGGAAGGCCUGCAGUCACUCCGCCAGGCUGUGCAGCUGGUUCUGGCACCCCGUGGUGAAGGGCUGUGCCCAGCCAGCACCUCUGGCCUACUGCAGCCUCUGUGUGUGGACACCGGGGCAUCCUCCUACUGCUUGCAGCCUCCAGCUGGCUCCAUCUCGAGUGGAACCUGGCCCCACCCUCGCCCAGGGCCCCCUCCCCUCAUAGCACCCUGGCCCUGGGGCCCCCCAGCCUCUCAGAGCUCCCCCUGGCCUGGAGCCUCAGCUUUCUGGACCUCCACCUCAGAUUCAGAGCCCCCUGGCUCAGGAGAACUCUGCCCUGAACCCAGUACUCCUGCUUCACUGCCCUCUUCUGAGGAAGGGGCUAGAACGGGGCCCCCGGAGCCUGUGAGCCAGGCUGAGACUACCAGCACUGGAGAACCCCCACCAGGGCCAGGAGGCCUGGCUUUGCCCUGGGACCCCCAUAACCUGGAGAUGGUGCUUAUUGGCUGCCACGGCUCUGGCACGGUCCAGUGGACCCAGGAAGAAGGCACUGGGGUCUGA